GCUCUGGCAGCGGAGGCGCCCCCUGGUGGUCCGCCCGUCUUUCCUCCUACGGAACUGCUCUCCGCCGAGGCUCCUUUAAUGCCUAAAACCGCCCCGUUCGCGGCGCGCGAAUAUCGGAGCCUGAUUGGAUGGGCGCUGGCCGGAGGCGGGGCGUCCCGAGAGCAGCUCGCUCCCUAUUGGCCGGAGGAGCCGGGUGCCACGGUUCGGGAAGCAUGACGACCGAGACCUUCGUGAAGGAUAUCAAGCCCGGGCUCAAGAAUCUGAACCUUAUCUUCAUUGUACUGGAGACAGGCCGAGUGACUAAGACAAAGGACGGACACGAGGUUCGGACCUGCAAAGUAGCAGACAAAACGGGCAGCAUCAAUAUCUCAGUGUGGGACGACGUGGGCAACCUAAUCCAGCCUGGGGACAUUAUCCGACUCACCAAAGGGUAUGCCUCAGUGUUCAAAGGUUGUCUGACACUCUACACUGGCCGUGGGGGCGAUCUGCAGAAGAUUGGAGAAUUCUGCAUGGUUUAUUCUGAAGUUCCGAAUUUCAGCGAGCCCAAUCCAGAGUAUAACACUCAGCAGGCGCCCAACAAAUCGGUGCAGAAUGACAGCAGCCCCACUGCCCCUCAAGCUACCACGGGACCCCCUACUGCCUCUCCAGCCUCUGAAAGCCAGAACGGGAAUGGACUGAGCACCCAACCGGGUCCUGGUGGUGGCCCCCAUCCCUCUCACACCCCCUCACAUCCUCCCAGCACCCGAAUCACUCGAAGCCAGCCCAACCACACACCUUCCGGCCCUCCUGGCCCCUCCAGCAACCCUGUCAGCAAUGGCAAAGAAACCCGAAGGAGCAGCAAGAGAUAGCAAGAAACGAAUCCCCUCCUUCAGCUACAAACCACGCCCCGGGUGUCUCUGCCAGAGAACAAGACAGUCUUCUACUGGGCUGCUGGCUCUGAGAUUGGAGGGUGGAGUAGCUGUAUUUUAGCUAUUAAAUUUCCCUGGAGGGGUGAGCAGUGGCCUUAUCCACCUCAAGCUCAUGCCCCCUUGUCCUGCUGAUGCUGCCUGUCCUCUGGGAUCCAGGGCCUUCUGCCUGCCCUCCUUCCUCUGGAAAAGACAGUCUGGUUUGUGUGUGUGUGUGGGAUAUGAGGGUCUAACUGAAAUCCCUCCUUCCUAAUAAAUGUGCCCGCUAUGUUCUGGA